AUGGCUGGUCUGGAAGAUUUGUGGGCACGUUUCACUCUUACAGAGGACGAAGAAGGGGGUGCAGACAUUCCGAACAAAGAGGAUGUGGAGGUUCAUCGGUUGGCAGGGAAGUUUUUUACGAAACGAACGCUAAAUGUUGAUGCAGUGGCUUGCACUUUCAAGCCACUGUGGAAACCGGCGGGUGAGUUAAAGAUUCGUGACUCGGGUGAUAAUGUGUUGGUAUUUGAGUUUGAAGAUGUUUUGGACCUUGAACGAGUCCUCGAAUACGAACCUUGGUCGUAUGACAAAAGCUUAAUAGCUUUCCAAAGGGUUCUUGACGUUGAACAGAUACCUCAUCUGGAUUUCGGUCAGGUCACUUUCUGGGUGCAGUUGCACAAUAUUCCAUUGAAGAACCUGUCCCAGGAAACCGGUGAAGCAGUAGGUAACUCAAUUGGGAAGGUGGUUCAAGUGGCUGACCCGGAAGACGACGGCGCGGGCGGCGAGUUCUUGAGAGUUCGAAUAACCAUGGAUAUUUCUAAGCCACUUCCGCAUUGCUCAAAACUUAGAUCAGGGGGAAGACAGAUAGGGCUGGUGGGACUCAAAAUAUGA